UGGUCAGAGAGGGCCUUCUGAUGACGAUAGGACCGUCUUUUAGUCUUUCGUCAUCGCGUUUCUGAGACUGACAUAGCGCUCACUAAUCGAAGUGCGUGCGACAGUGCGUGAGUGACAUCGGUGCAUCUCUGACUGCGCGAGCCUAGAGUUGAACAAACGCGGUAGAAUGUUAGAGGGCAAUAUGCGUCAGCGUGAGCCAGAAUCCCUGUAAAUCACCAUGCGGACGGAGCGUUAGGGGUUGCGGAGCGCCGUCAGCUGUUUUGCGUUUUUAGCAUCACCGAGGGGGGGCACGGAAGAUACCGGUUCAACGGCAUCGCUUCGACCGCUCAGGUGCACGGUACAGGAUGGAGUUCAAGCAGCUGGUGGAUACCGCGGAGAAAUGGUGCACGGGCAAUCCGUUCGAUCUCAUCUUUGCGGAGGAGGACGAUGAGAGACGUUUGGAUUUUUACGCCGAACCUGGGAUAUCGUUUUAUGUUCUUUGCCCAGACAAUAUGACGGGCGGGACCGACAAUUUUCAUGUGUGGAGUGAGAGUGAGGAUUGCCUGCCUUUCCUGCAGCUUGCCCAAGACUACAUCUCCUCCUGUGGAAAGAAAACCCUGCUGGAGGUCCUGGACAAGGUCUUCAGGUCCUUCAGGCCUCUCCUAGGUCUUCCAGACAUGGACGAGGACACGUUCGAGCAGUACCACGCAGACGUGGAGGACGAGUCCGAGACAGACCAUCAUCAGAUGGGUGUUAGCCAACAGUGAUGGCUGACCAAGAGCCCCCGACUACCACCGCCGCCACUCCACCCUGCCCCCCCUGCCAAACAUCCAGACAUACUCCGCUAAUUUACACACACACACACACACACACACACACACACACACACACACACACACACACACAUAUAUCUCUCUCAUUGGCUUUCAUUCUCAGACUGUCUGUCACCCUUCCACGCUCAUGACUCUAUGGCUGUACUCUUUCCCUCUCUCCAGCACCAGGUUUUGUCCUCUACUGCGGUUCUUUCUGAUAUGCGCACACACACACAUAUACUGUAAGUUGAUGCUCUGAUGAGACCUUUUGUGCUUCGCUCUUAUCUUGCACAAAUGCUCGGUUGAACUUAAGAUAUAUAUUUUUUGUCCACAUUUAAGUUCUGUGCUUGUCAGGUCAGAUGAUUGUCUUGAAAUCUCACACACACACACACACACACACACACACACACACACAUACACACACACACACACACACACACACUCAUACACACUCUCACACACACACAAACACACACACUCUCUCUCACAUACACACGCACACACACACACACACACACACACACACGUCACAAUUACACAUAGUGGGCUGGACACAGGUAUUCACAGAAGCCUGUUGAAGUGUAUGAUCAUGCCCUUUAAAUAGUUAAGUCCUCUAAUUAGUUUAAUUCCCAUCCCCGCUCUCUUUCUUCAUUUUAAUUUGCACCAUGUAGAGAGUAUGUUAGCACAGGGGGUACUAUAUUGGUAGCAGUUUUACUUGGUUCAACAAGCCCUACUUACACUCCCAAUAGACGGACUUAUGAUGAGCGGUUGCCUGCUUAGAGUACAAGGAACUCUUCUGCUAUUGUAUGUGGUUAGGCUCAGUGGCCUAAACACUGAUUUAGGCAGGGUAUUUCAUGCUGAAAAUACAAAGCGAUUACAAAGUAGAGAGAGACUAUGUACAUUUUUCCUUCUCUCUCUCUCUCUCUCUCUCUGUCUUCUCAGUAAUGAUGAAGUGAUCCCUUUAGAAAGUCACUGAAGACGCUUUUGAUUAUGUUGUAUUGUGUUCGUAUGGGUGUGGGGAAAGGCUAUAUCAAUAGCAUCUGAGAGAGACAGGCAUCGGUUUUUGAUCAAGUUUGAUCAAAGGCUUCACAGCUUUGACUGAUUGCAUCUUUGAGAUGUUAAGAAUAGUUCCUGUGCGUGCACCACUGUUCCUGCUUGAUCACUGAAGACACACCCAACUGGUUCAUUGUGCUCUUCUGAUGAUGUUUGCUGCAUUGACAGUAUACUGGUAGUGAGGAAGGCACCAAAGCAUUGAUGUCCUUGUCGCAUCGCGAUUCAAGGGCAAUGUCAAAACACAUCCACUUGAGACAAGGCACAAUGGUGGUAUUCACAGCCAUCUAAACAAUGUGUCGAAUUAAAUAGGAACAUUUCGUAAAAGUAUAUAGCUAUGGCCUCGCACACACAUGCACUGUCGUUAUAACAUUUUGGUACACUGCAAGAACAAGCUAUAAUGCAGCACAACACCACCAUCUCUAGAGAGACAUGAUCAUACACCAACACAAACCAACCAACGGCAUCCUGCAAGGUUCACCACAGGCUGUAGCCGGCUAUGGGGGCUGGAUGCUGAUGACUUGAAAUUGGCCUGUUGAUUUUAGCUGCUGGUGCUCUCCUGACACUGACUGCGUUUAGUUGCACUUCAGUAUCCCGGUUAUUAUCAGGAUUUUGAGUGUCCCGGUUUGCGCAUAUAUAUAUAAACAUCAUAUCCUGAUUUCAGAGCCCCGGAUUGACCCGUAUCCUGGUUUUGAGAAAUCUGGUUAAGCUAGCUGGAGUACUCUGAAAGAAACUGGGAUACUGUUCCAUUUACACACCUUAUCCCGGACAGCGGCUGGCUACAUACGUAGAACUCUAUUGUUGGUAACCGUCAUACUAGUAUUUAUCAUGUAGGCGAGGCUAUACAGGGAUAUUAAUAAUCAGGUGUAUCUGUGUUUAUGUAAACAGCAUAUUCUGAAUAUAAUCAAAACCAGGAUAAGCCUCAUAACCGGGAUACCAAAGUCCAUGUAAGCGCAGUCACUGAUACACCCCUCCAUCUUUCUCUGUUUCAUCCAUAUGCACUGUCUUCCUGUCCAUGCUCAGCCUAACAGCGCAAGAGAGGCCCACUGCGUAUACGUCUGUGGUAACACAAGUUGAAGCUGCUGGUUUUCCUGUAUUUAUUAUUAUUAUUAUUAUUAUUAUUAUAAUUAUGAUGAUUAUUAUUAUUUGAUUAAUUAAUACUAUUGUUAUUAUAUACUAUGGGUCGAAUGUCUUUUUUAACAUAUUGUUUGUUUGUUUCUUAUACAUUGUUGAGUCUGUGCACUGUGAUGCUUUCGCGGUAGUUUUCUGACCCAUGGCCUUUCAGAACAUGCCUAAAAAAAUCCACAUAUGGUUUCUUUGAACGUUUCAGGUAACUUGUGCUUCUGGACAUGAAUGUUAGGUUGUUUUCUCCAACCCUUGUUUAGUUGGUUACCUGAGUUUUCUCCCCCAAGACUCUGUGAUUUAUGUUGUCCAGUUUAUGUGAAAUUCUUGAAUAUAAACUAUUUGGAGGCAAUAA